UCGAAUUAGUCGAUUCUAAGAUGAAUUUAUUUCUCGUUAGUUUUGCACUUUUUGCAACGUCAAUAAAAUUCAGUGUCGCAGAUCUGCCUUUAACGUUGACACUUAUUCAUGUCAAUGAUCUUCAUGCACGUUUUGAGCCCGUAACAGCAGGCCCAAAAUCAGAAGAUUGCAAUUUAGAACCCAAAGAAAAAUGUAUCGCCGGAUAUGCGAGAGUUGUUCAUGCUAUUCGUGCCUUGAAGCAAAAAUAUCAUGAUGAUAAUCCGAUGCUCAUCAAUGCAGGCGACAAUUUUCAAGGCUCCAUUUGGUACGGAUUUUUACGAUGGAAUGUGACACAAGCAAUGUUGAAACUCGAAUUGCCUUCCUUGAUGGUUCUUGGAAAUCACGAGUUCGAUCACGGCGUUGAAAACUUGGCAAAAUUCUUGGAAUACAUCGAUUCGCCUGUUGUUUGUGCAAACAUCAAGACAAGAAACGAACCUGCAAUCGAUGAAAAGAUUGCGGAAACGCUCGUACGGGAAUUCAAUGUGAAAGGGCAAAUUGUUCGAGUGGGUUUUAUUGGAGCUUUGUACGAUAAAACUAAUUUGACUGCAAAUACGGGAAAAGUAGAAUUUCGAAAUGCCAUCGAGUCGGUAAAACAUGCUGCAAACGAAUUGAAAAACAAGGGAAUCAACAAAAUUAUUGUUGUUUCUCAUUGCGGGCAUUCUGUCGAUUUACAAAUUGCUGAAGAAGUUGGUGACUUGGUAGAUGUAAUUGUAGGAAGUCAUUCACAUACCUUGUUAUGGCCAAAAAAUUAUUCAAUCUAUCCUGUUGGCCAAGAAGUCGUUGGAGAAUAUCCGACAAUUGUUCAUCCCAAAAUGUCUCCCGAGCGACAAGUUCUUCUUGUGCAAGCAUUCUGUCAUGGAAAAGUUGUUGGAGCGAUUCAAUUAUUCUUUGACGAGCAUGGAGAAGUGAAAAAGUUCAAACCUGAUCCUUUGUACCUCGAUGAAAACUAUCCGCAAGACGAACAAGUUAACAAAGCGAUGGAUAUUUGGCGUAAAGAAAUUGAGGAAAUCGCUAAAAAACCGAUUGGAUUUACAAAAGUCAUACUAAAGGGAAAGAGUUGUCGAUGGGGUGAAUGUCAAUUGGGAAGUUUAUUGGUAAAUAUAUUCCAAAAACACUAUUCCAAAGACUCUUCAGAGCCAAUUUUGGCAUUUAUUCAAGGAGCAAGUAUGAAGGGCGAUUUGUCAAGCGCAAUUAUAACUGAAGGAGAUUUGAUGAGAGUGUAUCCCUUUGACUCGUCAGUUGACAUAAUGGAAAUCGAAGGAAAACAUAUUCGACGUACGUUGGAAAAAGCUGCAACUUUAGAUCGUAAAAAGCGUUUUAAUUUUCUGCAAAUCUCGGGUUUCAAAGUUGUUUAUGACAUGAGCAGAAACGAAUUUGAAAGAGUUAUUUCCGUUAAAGUCGAUAUGGGAAACAAUCGUUUUGAGCCAUUGCUUGAUGAUAAACUUUACAAAGUUGUUACAAGCUGUUUCCUUGCAAAUGGCGGAGAUAACUUUUCGGAAAUCGCUUUGAACAAGAAAAACUACCAAAUUGGACCUGAUUCGAGAGAUUUGAUCAAAAAAUAUUUGGCUUCGCACAAAAUUAGCGGAAAUGAUGUUUAUCGCGGAGCAAGUGACGUUCUCCGUUGUCCUUAUUGCGAUGAAAAGAAGGUCUAAAUAAACUUUAAAUUUACGUGAAUUUUUGUACAGUUUUAAUACAAGAAAUAUCGCCGGAUAAUGUUAAAUGACACAUAAAUAUUUGAAAUUUAUUU